GAUUUGACAGCGGUGGGAAGUGAACUUGGGAGGUGCGGCGCGUGCUCCAGACUGAGGAAGUCAAGGUCGCAGGUGGAGGGAGACCGGCGGCGGCGGCGGCAACGCGACGAGGGCAAAGACUAUGGAGUGGCGCCAGAAGACGACUUUCAGCUGUGCAGAGGCGUUUAACGAGGCUCAACGCUGGAUAGAGGAGGUCACUGGGAAAUCCUUUGGAUGCAAAGAUUUUCGUGCUGCUCUCGAAAAUGGAGUUCUACUUUGCAACCUCAUCAACCAGUUAAAACCUGGAAUUAUCAAAAGAGUCAACAGACUGUCGACACCCAUCGCAGGAUUGGACAAUGUAAGUGUUUUCUUGAAAGCCUGCGAUAAGCUUGGGUUGAACGAGUCACAGCUGUUCCAUCCUGGCGACCUUCAGGACUUGUCUACUCGUGUCACGCUCAGAAGAGAUGAAAGCAAUCGAAGACUAAAAAAUGUUCUCAUCACAGUCUACUGGCUGGGUCGUAAGGCUCACCUGGACAUGUUCUACAAUGGCCCUCAGCUCAACUUCAAGGCUUUUGAAGGCCUCCUCGGGUUGGCUUUGUCGAAGGUUCUUGAUGAGAGCAGUGUGUUCUCCAAGACUGAAGAAUCACGACGGCCACUGAGCUACACAAGAGAGAAUUCUCUGGACAGCGUUGAGUCUGUGGAGUCCCGACCCCCCCGCAACAACAGUGAAGGUUGUGGGAGUGACGCAGAAGCCGAGCAGGUAUUUAGGAUGCAGACCGUCCGACAGUCACCCCAGCAAACCAAAGGUCACAUCCCGACUCCCCUGCUGAGGAGGCGAUGCAGAGGCAAGGAGAGUGAAGGCGUCUGCACAAGCCCUUUCUCCAGGAGCAAAUCCCUGAGUGACAUCCCAGGAGUGUCCCCUGUCUGCAAAGAUUCUGAAGGAAGUGUGAGUUUUGAUAAGAGUGAAGACAAGAAUCGGGACAGCGAAGCUCAGUGGCAAGAUGACCUAACCAAGUGGAAAAACCGUCGCAGGAGCACCAAGUUGGAUCAGCGUGGAAAGUCUCUGGACAGAGAACAUGUUAUCAAUCAGAUGACCAAUGGCAGCGUGUCUCACACUGAAAAAGAAGAAAGAGAAACAAGCCACAGAGACCAGCUGUCAUUGCAGAAGCAAACCUCUUCCCCACACUUCAGCUCCUCAUCGCCUCCGUCUAAAUCCUCAACGACACUGCGGACAAGCCUUCGAGGCCGGCUUGACCGUAGCUGUGCCAUUGAAGUGCCACACAGCCCACAUGUUUCCCCAGUGGGGCAGAUGCCUGGAACCGUGCCUGCCGCGGAGAGUGACCCUCUAAUGGAGGAGAACCUUUGUCCUUCCCUGGCUUCCAAUGGGAAACAAGCUACCACUCCAUCUUUGGAUUCCCCCUUCACCUCUCAAACACAAGAACGAGCUCAGACCAGUUCAAUCUCUUCCCAGCCGCUGAUGGAUUGCAUUCCUUCCCAAACUACAUUACAAGAACAAACCUCGCCUUUAUCAACUUCAACGCUGUCAGUUAAAACAAACUCCCCAACGUCUGACUCGGGUCACAACAAACUGACAUUCUACAUGAAACCGAAAAGUCCGACUGAUGCCGGUCAGAGGGUCUGUAUAUCUGACAUCAGGCACAUGAGCUCUGAAGUGGAGAGCUUAGAUGUGUCUCUGGAACCGGAUGCAGAACUGACUGGUACACUCUGCGCUAAUAAACGCAAAUCUGGAAUGUGGUCCAACUCCGCCAGUCUUCCACGAGGUUACCGCAGGUCAGAGGGAUCAUCUCGUCUGUCCUCUGUCAUAACAGCGCGACCAUUUGUUAGGGUGUCAUCGAUGCCACGGCUGUUUAAUGGCGAUGACAACCAGUGUCUGAAUAGUGACACAGGGGGCUCUCAUUACUACACCACAGGCUCACUGUUUAAAAGACAAAAUGGAAGUUCCCAUCUUAAGGGUCUGUGCCAGGCGAACCAACUGAAGGAAAACGGCUUCAUCCAUGAAGAGAUUUCCAUGUCUUUUGACCGGCCGUGUGGGAACAGUCAUCAGAACUACAUGCAAGCUCAGCAGCCAGCCGAGACGUAUUCCGAGCUGGAGCCUGGUAACUUCAAAAGGGGGAGUUCGCCAAGUGAUGUCAACACUGCGCAGGUGUGUCAGUGUGACAUGAGGGUGAGCCUCAGUCUCAAGCCCAACAGCAGAUCUGACUUUGGCUUCCACACUCACUGGGACUCUACUGGUGUGAGAAUCAAGUUCGUCCAGCGAGGAAGCCCAGCAGAGCUCUGCCAGCUCCGUGUGGAUGAUGAGAUUGUAACUGUUGAUGGAGUCUCUGUGAAAUAUUUGAGCUGCAACCAGUGGGAGGAAAAGCUGACAUCUGCCCUGCAAGCCGGCAGCCUGAGCAUGGACAUCCGACGAUACGGCAAAAAGGAUUGGAGCAACAGCGAGGAGAUCCGUCAGUCGAGAAUGACGCUGAAUCUGAGCGGCCCAGCGCCUGUGCUGAUAAGUCUACAUGAUCAUCAUUCAGCCGUCACCGCUCUGACGGAAGACGCCGUCGCUCAAUCUGGCCAGCAGCUGCUACAAGUCGAUGGGAAUUCCAUCAACCCAAGUUCCAGCCAAAAAGGUGGUUCUGAAUCAGCGAUAUCAGAUCUCCAGGUCCCCUCGCUCAGCCCCUCCUCCUCCAGCUGGUCCUGGAACCAUGAAGAGGAUCGCAGGCGGCAGGAGAAGUGGCAGGAAGAGCAGGAGCGCCUCCUACAGGAGCAGUACCAGAGGGAUCAGCAGAGGCUGGAGGCAGAGUGGCAGAAAGCUCAACAAAAUGCUGGUGUCGCAGAUGAGUUUCUGAACACCCAGAGUACUGUUGAAGUGACGAGAGGUGUUGACACGACAGACACGUGCCUGCGUGUAAAUGGGCUGAUGAGCAACCCCAUCCAAGAAGAGUCUAGUCCUGAAGGACACGUGCCUCAAGAAGCAGGGUUCAAACAAGUGACAUCUGAAAACAAGGCUGAACAGGAAUGGGCUGACAGCUCCUAUGGUUUCUCUCAGCUGUCUCCUGCUCACAGGGCAAAGUCCUUGUCUACUUCAGCAUUAGCCAGCCACCGCAGACAGCCGAGAGGUGAUGAUCGAAAAAGAAAAGUUUGUGUGUCAAAUGCCGAGCAGGAACGGAAGCAAAUUUUGGAGGAGAUGAAGAAGCGGACUCAGCUUCUGACUGACAACAGCUGGAUCCGCCAGCGCAGCAGCAGUUUCUACAAAGAACCCAUUUUCCUAGGUGUUCCCUUGAAGAGGUAUGAGUCUCUGGACAACAUUGACUCAAUGUCCCGCCCCAUCGCAUCCACCACGUUCAGUUAUCAGCGUCCGCACUCUGCUGCUGGGGGCUUCUGCGCCCCCAGCAGGAACUCGUGCUCCCGCUACAGCACUGGAGCGAUCCUGCCUCCCUCAGUUGCAUCCGUGGACCGCUGUCAGAGCAGUGUGUGGGCUGCAACAGACCUCUCAGAAGAACCGAAACAGGAAUCCAAGUGCGGAUCCGACACAGGAAGCCAUACUGCGAGCCCUGCUAUUUCCAGCUCAAGUGCUCUAGCAUCCUCUGCAAAUCACCUGAAUGAAUUGAUCCAGAUUAAAGAAUGACCUUUGGAAAUUAUUUUCUCAGCACUUUGUAUCGACCACACUGCCUGAAUCGUCCAUUUUUAACCCCCUCGCUCAACGCGAGUCUAAUGUUAAAUAAAGUUUACUUAUGAUCAGUACAGUUCAACUAUUUCUGCUUUGUAUUUUGUACAUGUCUUGUGUAAUAAUGUCUUUGGUUCACCAGUUAAUACAUAGGUUGUUUACCAUUUCACUGAAUCACUUUUGUUGUUGCUUUCUCUCACGCAAAUGCACUUUGGGAUUGUGGACAAUGUAAGUGUUUUUUUUUUGUUUCUUUGUUUAAACAUGCAUCUUGUCCUCAGUAGAGUGUAAAAUAAAGAGCACUGAUUCAAA